AACCUCAGUUUCAAUCUGAUAGCUCCUUUUCAUCUUCUCAAUUACCCACCCGUUGCUCUUCCUUUGCCUCUAAGUCUGACUCCUGUUACUCUACUCAUCAUUCUCGUCAUCAUAACCUCUUCUCUUUCCCUCAUUGUUGUUUAAAUGUUUGGUCCGGUUCCAGGCUUUGGGGCGCUCGCUUGAAGUCUUGCAAUAGUAACCAACAAUCCUGCAUGGCAACUCAACAGGGACGCGUCUCGUUUAGCAUCCCAUUGGAGACAGUAAUUCAUUGAUUAAUUUAACUUGGUUUUGAGAAGAAAGAAGGUCAGUCGGCAGCAAAAGAAAGAGGAACUUGAAAGAGAGGUUUCCAUGCUUCAAAAAAUGCUGAAGCAAGAAGAAAAAAUGCAUGAGAUUUUUGCGGGCAUACAUCACAGUCAUGAUGCUGCCGUUCCUAUCCCAAAUUUUCUUCCUCCUAAGGCGAAGGAGCUCUUAGCAGAAUUAGCUAUGGUUGAGAGCGAGAUCACUCGAUUAGAAGGCCAAAUUACUCAACUUCGACUUGGUUUGAAACACGAACAGGAAAUGACUAAGGAAGCAAAAUCAAAGCAAUGGCAAUGCGGUAAUCUAAACAACCUUCAACCCUACUCAACAAAUAUGAACAACAAUUCAUCAAGCCCUAUGAACAAAGAUGGUAACGAUCAGAAGAUGGCAUUUGAGACCAAGGCAUUGCAUUUCAUUAGUAAAGCUAUAAAAGGUGACUAUAAUCUCAGUGACUUCAGAACGAAUGAGAAAAUGGGAAACUUAACAUUCUUCGGUGAUCAAAAAGAAAAUCAUUUCCAUGAGGAGGCUAAAUUUCAAGAUAAAUUUCCCAGAAAAAGUGGACUGCUGAAGCCUGCAGCUUCGCCGUUGCGAGAUCCUAGACAUCCAACCCCAAGGCCGAGGGAACGUAUUAAUACAGAGCUCUCCAUGGAUCUCCCACCGAAAUCUUUGUCAGGUUCAAUUCUGUUAGAAGAGAAUAUCCAGAAUUGGCAACCCAACAAGCUGUCUGAGAACAUCAUGAAGUGUUUGAACUUUAUAUAUGUUAGGCUAUUGAGAACAGCAAGAGCGAUUGAGUUAGAGAAAUCAGGCCCUGUUUCCAGGUCUGUGCAUGCCUCUUUAAGUUCAAGGAGCUUCAGGGCUGAGACCAUCUCCAACUCAAAGUCGAACAUUAUGUCACAGAAAGAUUCCAGACAACAGGAUCCUUAUGGUAUUUUCGAUGUGGAAGAGUCCAUUCCAAGGGACAUUGGCCAUUACAAAAACCUGGUUAUAUUCUCAUCCAAUUCCAUGGAUCCAAAAUGCAUUUCAAGCUCCAGUUCUGUAACUCUGAUAAAAAAAUUAAGGAUCUUGAUGAACAAUCUUCAGACGGUAAACUUAAGAGUGUUAACAUACCAGCAGAAAUUAGCAUUCUGGAUCAACAUGUUCAACGCUUGUAUCAUGCAUGGAUUUCUCCAAUAUGGAGUGCCUAAUACUCCAGAGAAAUUGAUCGCAUUAAUGAACAAGGCAACUCUGAACAUUGGAGGCAACACCAUAAAUGCUCAAGCAAUAGAGCACUAUGUUUUAAGGAGGCCACCAUCUUCCAAGAAGAAAGAAGUUGAUCAAAAGGGUGAAAAGGAUGAUAAAGAAGCCAUCGUUCGUAACCUUUAUGGACUCGAGUCCACGGAUCCUAAUGUCACAUUCGCUCUCUGCUAUGGAACCCGUUCGUCACCGGCGGUGAGAAUAUACACAGCUGAAGGUGUUAUCGGCGAGUUGGAGAAAUCAAAGCUAGAGUAUCUGCAAGCUUCAAUCGUGGUGACCAACACAAGAAAGAUUGCAAUUCCAGAACUUCUGAUACGAAACAUGAAUGAUUUUGCGAUGGACAUCGAUACACUGGUGGAGUGGGUUUGCCAUCAGUUGCCUACAUCUGGAUCGCUGAGAAAAUCAAUGGUGGAUUGCUUUAGGCAGGGCCAUAACAGUGGCAAAAUCUCUACUUCAGUAGAGAAGAUCCCAUAUGACUUUGAGUUCCAGUAUCUAUUAGCAAUAUAAAGUUAAUGCUACAUAAUUUACAUGGAAAUUGACACAAUGGCUUCAAGGAUAUGAAGCUUUUACUUCCUGCAUUCUGUAUAUGGAUAUAAGAAACAUGUGAAUGUUGAAACAUUUUUCCUCCAUUGAUUUUGAUGAUUAAUCAUUCUAAUGUUACCGAAUAAUUGAGAAUAUGGGAUUUUGAAAUUAUUU